CUUCUAGUAUGCGGAGCUGACCAGUGGGCCGGUUCCUAUGAGCUCAUCACAGCUCUCCUUGAAAACCCGUUUACAACUGACGAGGCUUACAGCGAUAUCCUACGAAACCGGUGGAAAAACCAGUCUGCGUACCUUACAAUCGAUCAUGGGCAAUCAACAUCCCUCGUCGACAGUGCCCUCACCAUUCCUUCGUCUUGGCUCCAACAAUACCCUUUCCCCAUCCAACUCACCGAAAUCCCGACACUCUCUUCCCAUCCUUCCCUCUCAAAAACGCUCCUCAAAGGAGACGUGCUAAUCCUCCUUUGCAACCCACUAACAACACCCCUACCGACGCUCAUCUCCAAUGCCCAAUACAUCCUUCAAAGACCAGGAACAAUACUUGUUCUCACCGCUUCCGGCGCAUCCUCGCAUGCACUAGAACAUAUUUCCAAGGAACUGGCAGCUGCAAAUUGCACUCCUGGAAAGAUUCUUGUUGUGGAUCCUAUUCGCGCAUUAGAAGCUGUUUCUUCUUUAAAGUCAGAUCCUUCGUCUCCUGCUGCUAUUCAGAGGUACCAGGAUGAUUUUACGGGGUCGAGGAUAUCGCAUCUUGGUGAUGUUUUGGCGGGGGUGCUUAGGUUGAAGGGAGGACGCGCAUCGUCAUCGUCGUUGAUGGAUAUCAGCACCCAGAGUGCUCUGAUGCAAAUGCGGAGUGCGUUGCACGCCAGCGCUCAAUCGGUAUCCCAAGCUCGUGUAACAAUGGACCGCGUAUUUAUAGGCGCAAGCGAGUUGCAAUUGCAAGUCGAAGAAGUUCGUGCAAGAACAGACAGGGAGGUGCUCGUAGAGUCUGGUAUAGAAGAAGCUCUUCUCCGCGGUUCCAAAGAGAUGAAAUCCUUGUUGGAGUCGUUAAAUUGGCUGAAGAUGAUAUGGCGCGUCGACGAGAUAGAUUCUUUGGUGGCUUCCGCGUUGGACAGGCAUUGGUGCAGGGAACUAGAAAAUCAGCUCAUCCUGCAAACGGGUCGUCUAGCAUCUACCCAAGCAUUCCUAACCUCAUCCACCUUUUCCAAACUCGCCCAACUCGCAUCGCCAUCCCCCUUAUCCACCGCUUUCCAUUCCCCCAUCCUCGACAACCAUCUCCGUCAACUCACGCACUCCCCAACAUACGCACUUACCCCAGACGCCCUCACCCAGCCCAUUCAAGCCCGGCGUUCUCAGCUGACAAAACACACCACGACACGUUUACACCGCAAAGCCCAGAAUGCGGUGCUGGGUGCGUUUGGCGGUAUGUUUGGCGGUGCUGGUAUUGGAUGGUGGCUUGCAUUUGGAGAAAGCGCUUUGAGCGUUGGUGCUGGUUCGGAAGCAGGGACUGCUUUGGGUGCUGGUGCGCUGGUUGCUGUUGCUAGUAUAAGAUGGGCUGUGGGUAAGUGGGAACGAGCGAAGAGGGAGUGGGUGGAGGAUGCUGAUCGGGUUGGGGAGGGGCUGAAGAGGGAUCUGAAGGUGACUCUGGAGCGAGGGAUUGAGAAGAAUGUUGCAGUUGUUCCUAUAGCAGCGUAUGAAGGACUGCGAGAGCUUGCUGGGAAACGACAGGAGGAGAUCGAUGUUGUUAAGGACGAUCUUAUUUCGAUGCAAGCUGACGUUGAAGCGCUUGAAAUUGCUCGACCUUCAUAG